AUGUCUGAAGGGGCUUACCAAUGCCUCUGGGCGGCCUCCCACGUGACCCUGCAAGAGCUCUUAGACCAAGAGCAGCCCCUGCUGGAACCCGUGCCCAGCCAGGACCGGCAGUCCUUCCAGUACAAGAUCUCCAUGCUCUACCUGCACUACCUGGAGCUGUUGCGACAAUUCGACACCAUCUAUGACCAGAUGGUGCAGCCACAGAAGCGCCGGCUGCUGCAGCGCCUACUGAACGGCGUCGUGGGCCGAGUGUUGGAGCUCAAGGAUGAGCUGGUGCGGGUCGACCUGUGUGAGACCCACUGCCUGGAUCGUGUGCUGCAGGAUCUCAAGAUGACACCGGCAAACCUGGAGGUUCCAAUCCCUAAGUACUUUCAGCUGGAGCAGUCCAGUGCCGUGAAGGAGCGUGAGGUGAUGCUGGCUGAGAUCCUGUCCAGAUUGGAGCCAGUGUCCUCCCAGGAGGGCUUUCCAGAGAUGCCCCGGACUGAGGCCAUAAUUCUAGUACAGAGUGCUGAGCGGGCCAGGCAAGGCCGGCUCCGAGCCACCCUCAUGCGAGAGAUUCGGAAAGAGGAGGAGCGGGAUCAGAGGAUCCGGGAGGAUGGGCGGCACAGGUUCAGUUCUGACCAGGGAGCUGUCAUCAUACAGAAGGUGUGGAAAGGUUACCAGCAGAGGAAGCGCGUCAAGCAGGAUCGCCGCACCGAGAUGGAGUUCAUCGGCAUGCUGCCCUCGCCCAACCAGACGGAGCAUAUGGGCAUCUUGUCCCAGGCCUUUCUUGGGGAAGAGACCCGGAGGCUCCGCCAGAUGGAAAAGGAAGAGGAGUUCCAGUUGGCCAUAGCAAAGACCCACGAUUCUCUCAUAGACACAGAGGGGCCCGACAUGAGGGAGAAAAUGAAGGACCAAAUUCGACAAUGGUUUAUUGAAUGCCAUGCCCUUACUGGUCGGUUUCCUGACUAUCCAGAUGAAGCUUUAGGUGGAUCCAGCUUGAUCUUUGCAGACAAGACUCCAGAACAGGUAAGAAUGGACCUGGAGAUGCAGGCCCAGGAGAGCAAAAAGAGCAAGGAGCAAGAGAAGGGAAAAGACAAGGAGAAAAGUGAGAAGAAAAAGAAGAAGAAAGGAAAAGAAGGAAAAACCAGGAAAGGGGAAGCAGAUACAAUGCUGAAAAUAUUGCCAUCCAAGUUUAUACCUGUGAUUAACGCUGGACAUGAAGAGUACAUAAAUCAGUGGAAGAACCGCCACGAGAGCGCACAUCCAAGUCAGAGCUUCGACCCUGAGACCCUCCAGGAGGAGAAGAGGAAGGAGGUGGAGCUGGAGAUCCGGAUACAGGUGGACGAGCUGAUGCGUCAGGAGCUGAGAAACUUGCGUCUGGCUGUGGACAAGGAGGAAGGAAGACUCCUGAAAACUCCGAAGAAAAAGACUGGAAAGAAAACUGGGAAGAAGAAGAAGGAAAAAGAUCUGACCCCAGACAGGUCUGUGGAGUCACUGUAUGAAGAGCUUGUCAUUUUUGGCCUUCUAAAGAAGAGUGAGACAGUGGCAUUGAAGGAUUACGUUGGUGACUGCCUUUAUCUCGGGUCCACUCUGAGUUUGGCAAACAAGCUUCCCAUGCCCUCCCUGUUUGAUAUACGACAGAACAUGGCCUUGUAUGCAGUCCUUCGGCUGGGUUCCCCGGACAUACACUCUGUGGCUCCCCUCAUCCGCUCUAUCCUCCUGGUGGGCCCCUCCGGUACGGGGAAGAAGAUGUUGGUCCAGGCUGUAUGCACGGAAACCGGUGCCAACCUGUUUGACCUGUCACCUGACAAUCUGAUGGGCAAAUAUCCUGGCAAGAAUGGGGUGCAGAUGAUGGUCCACAUGGUCUUUAAGGUGGCCCGGCUCCUACAGCCUUCUGUGAUCUGGAUUGGAAAUGCUGAAAAGACUUUCUAUAAGAAGAUCCCAAAAGAAGAGAGGAAGAUGGACCCAAAGCGAAUAAAGAAGGACCUUGCCAAGGCCAUGCGUCUCCUGAAUCCUGGAGACCGUGUGAUGCUGAUAGGGACAACAGAUCGGCCACAGCUGGCUGAGAUGAAGGGGCUGUGCCGGCUGUAUGAGCGGAUCCUCUUCAUGCCUCGGCCUGAUUAUGCUUCUCGCUAUGUGCUCUGGAAGCAUAUGAUAGAGGCCCAGGGAGCACAGGUGUCCCAAAACCUGGACAUCAGUGCCCUGUCCAAGGUGUCUGAUGGCUAUACAGCUGGUCACAUUCUUCAAGCCAUCCAGUCUGUGGUGACCGAGCGUCGGCUCCUGCAACUGUCCAAGCGGCCCCUGGUGGCCUCUGAAUUCGUGGGACAUCUAGCAAAGUUGGACCCAGUGUACAGGGAGGAGGAGGAAUCUCUGAAGGACUGGUACUACAAAACUCCACUGGGCAAGAAGAAUGCGAAACUUAGCAAGGACCAGCAGGAGGCCGAAGAGGCCAAGCUGGCAAAGGAAAAGAAGAAAAGAAAGUGAUGGCUGAGACCUGAGGGUGUCCGGGGUGGGCAGAGGGACUGGGCAGUGCCUCGAGGGUGAAAGGGCGGGGCAUAAAGGCCCAGGUAGCUAUGGACGAGCUGUCUUGUCCAGCCAUCACCACGGCUUCCGGCUUCCGGUCCACCACUCACCUCCCUGUCCCAGGGCCUGCUGUCACCUGCUCCCUGCCCUCUCCCA